AUGGCUCCGGCAGAGUUGAGAGACUUGAAGGAGAAGUUGCAAGACUUGUUGAGCAAAGGAUUUAUUAGACCCACAUAUUACGAAGUUGCUGGGGGGACAAGGAAGAGAAGAAUAUAUGGUCUUGGAUCUCAAGCACAAAGUUAUUAUGGGCCGAAUCUUUGCGUCAAUUUUGCCUUUAAUGCUUCAGCAUCAGCAGCACCUUCAACUUCUCAAUCAGCACCUACAGAAAAUAUGGAGGAGUUAGUGAUGCGAUUGAUUCCUACACUGACUGAUCGCUUGCUUCCUUUAUUUAUUGAGAAGGCACGCGGAGUGAUUUCUUCACCAUCACAUCAUCCAAAUACUCCCGUCGACAAACCAUCAAUUGUGACACCCAUAGUGCCUCCUCCUCCUACUGCUAACGUUGACGAUGUUGAUCCUUUAGUUUCUGAUGAUGAUCGUAGUCCUUCACCCAUGCAUUAG